CUUAAUUCCUCCAAACCACAUCUCCCAUCUCCCAUCUCCCUCCCACAAACAUCCACCCUUCCUCCUCUCUCUUUACUGUUCUCUCACAUCUCAAUCCUUCUUCCGACACCUCAUCCCUUUUUCUUCCAUACUCCUCUCAUCAAAACAUUCACAUCCUGCACCUACCCAAGGUGCCAAGAUGUCAGAAUUCAUCGGAUCGGUGAUCUCGCUGAUAUCGAAGAGCGAUAUACGCUAUCGAGGGACGCUUCAUGAGAUCAACUCAGACAAACAUACCGUCGCCCUAGAGAAUGUCAGAUCAUUUGGCACCGAAGGGCGGCGGAAUGGAGUCGACGAGGUGCCUCCAAUGGAGGCCAUAUACGAGUACAUCGUAUUCCGCGGCAGUGAUGUGAAGGAGUUGUCAAUUGAAGACGCGCCUAAAGAACCUCAGCCGCCGCCACCCCAGGUGCCCAACGACCCUGCUAUCCUCGGAGUAAGUCAGCCCGUCUCCCAAGCACCUUCAAUGCACUAUGAUGAAAAUACGGAUUUUUAUUUCGACUGAAUCACACAUGUUGAAAGAACCGUUGCCUUCCUUCUGAAACAGCAACAUACCUUGUCUUUCCUGUAAUCCACUAUCAAGGAUGAAUUGUACUGACUUGUCAAGUCCGCCCGUCCAUCACAACUCCAGGGACAGCAACCUGGGCCGCCAUC